CGGCUGGUGGUGAUCAUGUUUUCCCUCUCCCUGGGAACCUUCCUGAUGGCCCUCGACAGCACCAUAAUCUCUGUGGCGACCCCCAAGAUCUCGACUGACUUCCACGCGCUGGACGAUGUGGGCUGGUACAUGGCCGCGUACGGCAUGACCCUGUGCGCCUUCACUCCGGUGCUCUCCAGCUUCUACAAGCACUUCGAUCCCAAGAUCGUCUAUCUGGCUGUCAUCUUCGUCUUCGAGGUCGGAUCGGCCCUCUGCGCUGCCGCCCCGACGUCCGCGUCGUUCAUCACCGGACGAGCCAUCGCUGGUCUGGGAGCGGGUGGUCUGCUGCAGGGCGCCUUCGGGUUGUUGACGUAUGUCUGCGACCUAAAGACGCGCCCGCUGUUCAUGGCGAUCAUCGUGAGUCUCUUCGGCCUCAUGUCGGGAAUCGGGCCCCUGAUCGGGGGUGCCUUUACCGACGAUGUGACCUGGCGCUGGUGUUUCUGGAUUAACCUCCCCAUCGGCGGCUCCGUCUUUUUCCUCGUGCUAUUCUUCAUGAAGCUCGUCGGGGUCGACCCCACGCCCCGCCAAAUCCCUCUCCGCGAGAAGCUGCGCAGCUUCGACGUGCUCGGAAUCAUACUCCUCCUCGGAUCCGUGAUCUGUCUGUUUCUGGCGCUGCAGAUCGGCGGCACACAAGAUCCAUGGUCGAGCUCAAAGCCCAUCGGACUGCUUGUGGGCUUCGGCUUGCUGGCCAUCGCGUUCGGCCUGUGGCAAUGGAAGGCAGGCGACCAAGCCACCAUUCCACUGCGGUUCUUCAACGACCGCACGGUCGUCUGGGGUUCGCUGUAUCUUUUCUGGGACAACAUGGCCAACUACAUCGCCAUCUACUACAUGCCGUACUAUUUCCAAGCGGGACAGGGCGUGUCGCCCAUCCGCAGUGCCGUUGAAUAUAUCUCCCUCGCCGUGCCCCUGAUGGUCUGUCUCCUACUAGGCGGUGGCAUCACCACCGCGACAGGCCACUACAUGCCCGUCAUCCUCGUGGCGCAGGUUCUCGCCGCGGUGGGCACCGGCUUGCUCACAACCAUCAACAUCAACACAACCACCGCCCAAUGGGCCACCUACAUGGCGCUGACGGGCGCCGGCCUAGGGAUGGGGGUCAACGUCCCGCACAUCGCCAUCCAAGCGGUCUUCGAAAACGACAACGACAUCUUCAUCGCCAACGGCAUCGCCAGUUUCUUCGGGCAGCUAGGCGGGUCCAUGGGCGUGCCGAUCGCCAACGCCAUCCUCCUCGAUGCCCUGCACACCGAGGUGCCCAAGUACGUAUCCAACAUCUCGGCGGAUGCGGUCAUGGACGCGGGUGCGUCGGGGGUAAACACGCUGUCUAGUUCCCCCAGCGUGAUCCAUGCGCUGCGCUCCGCAUGGGCGGUUUCCGUCGCCAAGGUGAAUAUUCUGCUCGUGGUCGUUAUUUGCAUUUCUGUGCCGACGGCGCUGGGCAUGCGGUGGUUGAAUCUGAAGAAGAUCUCGGAUCAGAGAGAGCUGGAAAAGCGUGAG